GUUUAUAGGUACUGGCAUCAAAGUAUCCUAUGAACAAAGACAAAGAUCAGCUUCCCGGUAUUUUAGUACUGAUAUGUCCAUUGGGCAAAUGGAGUUUUUGGAGUGCCUAUUUCCAACUGAUUUUCAUUCUGUUCCUCCUCAUUAUACAGAGCUUUUAAUGUUCCAUUCCAAAGAAGGAACUGAUUCCCAUCCCCCUGUGUGUCUUCAGCUUCAUUAUAAGCAUUCUGAGACUAGAGGACCCCAAGGCAAUCAAGCAAGACUUAGUUCAGUUCCUCAGAAGGCAGAAUUACAAAUUAAAUUAAACCCAGUGUGUUGUGAACUGGAUAUCAGUAUUGUGGACAGGUUAAAUUCCUUGCUUCAACCACAAAAACUUACUACAGUAGAGAUGAUGGCAUCUCACAUGUAUACUUCAUAUAAUAAGCAUAUUAGUCUGCACAAGGCUUUCACUGAAGUAUUCUUAGAUGAUUCACAUAAUCCUGCAAAUUGUCGGAUAUCAAUACAAGUUGCCACACCAGCAUUAAAUCUGUCUGUACGCUUCCCAAUACCUGAUCUUCGAUCAGAUCAAGAAAGAGGACCGUGGUUUAAGAAGUCGCUUCAGAAGGAGAUCCUUCAUUUAGCAUUCACAGAUCUAGAAUUUAAGACUGAAUUUAUAGGAGGAUCAACUCCAGAACAAAUUAAGUUGGAACUUACCUUUAGAGAACUAAUUGGGUCAUUCCAGGAAGAGAAAGGAGAACCAUCUGUUAAGUUUUUCCACGUGUCUAGCAGAAUAGAUGGAGAUACAACAUCAUCAGAUGACUUUGACUGGCCACGAAUUGUACUGAAAGUAAAUCCACCAGCUAUGCAUUCAAUUUUGGAGAGAAUAGCAGCUGAGGAAGAAGAAGAAAAUGAUGGUCACUACCAGGAAGAAGAGGAAGGAGGUGCUCAUUCCCUGAAAGAUGUUUGUGAUCUGAGAAGACCGGCUCCAUCUCCUUUUUCUUCUCGUAGAGUAAUGUUUGAAAAUGAACAGAUGGUGAUGCCAGGAGACCCUGUAGAAAUGACAGAGUUUCAGGAUAAAGCAAUCAGCAAUUCUCACUAUGUGCUGGAACUUACGUUACCAAAUAUUCAUAUAACACUACCUAGUAAAAGCUUUUAUGAGAAGCUUUAUAAUAGGAUCUUUAAUGACUUGCUACUGUGGGAGCCAACAGCUCCUUCACCGGUGGAGACAUUUGAAAAUAUUUCCUAUGGUAUUGGGCUUUCAGUAGCCAGUCAACUGAUUAAUACCUUCAGCAAAGAUAGUUUUAGUCCAUUUAAAUCUACAGUUCACUAUGAUGAGGAAAGUGGAUCUGAGGAGGAGACUUUGCAGUAUUUUUCUGCCGUUGAUCCAAACUAUCGUUCCCGUAGGAAAAAAAAAACAGACUCUCAGAACAAGAAUUCACAGAGUUUUCUCUCAGUUCUUUUGAAUAUUAACCAUGGGUUAUUGGCAGUGUUCACAGAUGUAAAGCAAGAUGAUGGAGAUCUGCUGGAAAACAAACAUGGUGAAUUCUGGUUAGAGUUCAGUAAUGGUUCAUUAUUUUGUGUGACAAAAUAUGAAGGUUUUGAUGACAAGCACUACAUUUGCCUUCAUUCUAGCAGUUUCAGUCUGUAUCACAAAGGCAUAGUAGAUGGAGUGAUUCUUCCUACAGAAACACGACUACCUAGUUCAACCCGCCCACACUGGUUGGAACCUACUAUUUAUUCCUCUGAAGAAGAUGGCCUCAACAGAACUUCUUCAGAUGGUGUUGGAGGAGACAGUUUGAAUAUGCUCUCUGUUGCAGUUAAAAUAGUGUCUGAUCAAUCAGAGUCCAAUACAAAGGAAUUUCUCAUUGCCGUAGGACUGAAAGGAGCCACUCUUCAGCACCGAAUGCUACCUUCUGGGCUUAGCUGGCAUGAGCAGAUUUUAUACUUCUUGAAUAUUGCUGAUGAACCUGUUUUGGGAUAUAAUCCUCCAACUUCAUUUACAACUUUUCAUGUUCAUCUUUGGAGCUGUGCGCUUGACUAUAGGCCCCUUCAUUUGCCAAUCCGAUCUCUUCUUACUGUUGAAACAUUCAGUGUUUCUAGUAGUGUGGCGUUGGAUAAAUCUUCUUCUACUCUCAG